GACUGUGUAGCCUUGCCGCUCGUCCUGGUUCGCUACGAAACAUCCGGAGCGUGAUAGCUCCCUCCCGCUCGGUCUGCGAUCCAGAGGGCAUAUCUAGACGGUCGCCAUGUCUACCCAUCUCGCCAGGAGCCGUGCUGGGUCCAAGAAUUCGGCUCUCGAGGCGCCCUACAAGGGACGGACAAUGAAUGACUUCGCCAUGCCGCCCACUACCAAAGAUGCCACGCAGCUUCUGGAGCCGUGCGCCGCCACGGCCUCCAUGUUUCUCUACGCCCAGGGCAGCUCCGUCGUAUGCAGCCACCACGACACGCUUACGAUAGAAAGGAGGUUUGCCCGCCAUUCCGAGGAGGUGCAAUUGUUGGCCGUCGACAACCAGAGCGACGUGGGUGCGGGGAGGCUGGUUGUGAGUUAUGAUGCAGGACAAACCGCCAUCGUCUGGGAUCUCGUGACAGGAGACGAGGUUGCUCGGUUUGCGUCCUACGAGAACCUUACUUGCGCUGCGUGGAUGCGUAACGGCAAUGUCGCUUUUGGAAACACACAAGGAGGUGUAAUACUUUUUGAGCCCACCACAUCAGAACACAUUUCGGCGAGGACUAUUGACCAAAUAUCCAUCACGGCCAUUGCGCCGGCAACCGACUGCAGGACAUUCGCAAUUGGUUAUAAAAAUGGCUCUCUUUUGAUUGCAACCCUCCAGCCAAAAUUCACAAUUCUGCACAAUCUCAGCACAUCACGGGGGCCAUCUCCUAUUGUGACACUGGCGUGGCACGCCUCGUCGUCACGGCAAAAGUCGGACAUGUUGGCAGUCCAGACGCACGACGGAGACCUUCGUGUCUGGAGCGUGUCAAAAUCGUAUAACAGCGAUGAUCCCGCCAAAGUCGUACGGAUCCUCAAGAAGAGUGAAAACUACCUGCCGGGACCGAAUUGGAUGGGAUGGUCCAAGAACGGUCGGAUUAUCCAGUAUUCAGAAUCUGAGACGAUAUCGUGGGAUGUGCGGACAAAACACGUUACUUACGAUGGAAUCCCGACUCUUGAGAACAUCCGGGGUCUGGCGGUUUACGGUCCAGGGGCCAGCCUCUUCACUCUGGGCGCCAAUAACACGGUUCAGCAAUUCGAUCUGAAUUCACCAGCGAUGAUGGUUGCUAACGUGCAGCACCCCGCUAACCUACUCCCCCCGUCACCCCCUAUCUCACUCGAAGCAGAGGACAAGGGACAAACCAGUAGUACGAGCAUGUCCGAAUCUGAGACAUCUUCAGUUCCAAUUGCCAUCCAAGCCGAUUUAUCUUCCGAGAGUGGCGAAGACCGCAUGUCGCCCCUGGCUCGGCUUGUUCACAGCGAGAACGACUCGGACCAGGGAGAUUAUCGUGUUGGGAGUCCGAUGUCGAGCCGGAGUCGGUCAAGCGUUUCCAUCUCGUCUUCCACGUCACAAGUUCAGGCACGCAACUAUUCCCGGUCGGUGAAGACGGAGAACACGUACAUCUCGGCUGGGUCGUCGCUGCGUUCUUCUGCCAUUCCGCACAAUGACAGAAAGGGGAGGGAAUCGUAUUCAACGGCCAGCUCGCAGUCUCUAGCAAGCUCACAGCCACAACCACCACCACAAUCACAACACCGCUCGAGGCACAACAGGCCUUCGAGACUGCGACACGAAGUCCCGCGGAGCCCGGCCGAUUCGAAAGUUGUCGAUCUCUUCAAAUUCACCAAGAGCCGCCUUACCGAUGUGCCGUUCAAGGCGCCGUUUACGAAUGAUAGCAGUCGCCUGACUAAUGACGACUUGCGCCGUCAGAUGUUGACCAUGAUCUUUGGGUGGAACAAGGAUGCUGACGAGCUUGUCCGAGAUGAAAUGUCGCGGCACCCACUCGGUUCUACGAAUAGGAUCCUCUUGGCUAAGUGGCUGGGUGACAUCAGCACGGACAUCAUGGCUAUGGGCUCUGAGAACAUGACAUCCUCCGACUGGAUGCUUCUCGCACUGAGUGGAAUUGGAGGGAUGGCUUCACAACAUAAGCUAGGUCGUGCAUAUGUCCAGCGGCUUCUCGAAAGCGGCGACGUCCAUGCGGCGGCGACCAUUAUGAUCGGCCUCGGAGACCACAACGACGCCAUAGAGAUAUACAUCUCCCACAAGAGGUAUAUGGAGGCGUUGCUGCUGACCUGCCUCUUCUUCCCAUCUACCUGGGAGCGCCAGGAAUCAAUCAUUAGGAAGUGGGGAGAGUGGGCUGUACAGCACGGCCAGCAGCAGCUAGCGAUCAGAUGUUUUGCGUGUACUGGCCGGGAAUCGAGCGAUCCGUGGACAUCGCCGUCGGCUCAGCAGGUCACAUUUCCGAACAUCUCGCAGAAUGUGCCGGAGAUUCUGAGUCCCCCAAUGUCUCCUCCGCACGUGAACCAUGGUCCGCAGCGAAGCAUUGCCAAGUCGUCGGCACUUAAGCUCAUCACCUCUUUUGGUGACCCCCUUGCCAAGUCUAAGUUCUUCUCGGGCCAGGACGACGGCAAGACUCCGAUUGCGGCCGGAGCUACCCCUAUUGCCGAGUCGGCUCUCUCUCCUGGUGGGCUGGACCCGGCCACGGCCGUCCUGCGUGCUGGGAACCGAAGCCAGUUUGCCACGCCUUCCUCGGCCCGCCCAAUCCAUGGCUUUGGCCGGCAGCGCCUCCCAUCUAUUGGAGAGACACCUGAUGCCACCCACCAGCGUGAGCUUUUAGCUACGGCAACCAAAUCGCACAAGCUUUCCAACAAUCCCUACGGCGCGAUCAAGACUAGAGAGUCGAACGAGAACACGACGAGAGGCCUGGAGCUGGCCCGAGCAGCUACUGCGAGUCCCAGAUUGCAAAUGAAAGAGGCGCGCAGAGGCCAGCCCCCGCCGUCUCCCUCUCCGGCGGCGGUGGCCGCGUUGAUGGAAGGCCCGAGAAUGAGGAAUGGGUCGCGUCACCGCAUCCCUGAAGGUCUCGAUUUGUCGCUGCCUUCGUUCGACGACUCGCUCCCCGAGGACCUGACAUCUCCCGAUCAGUCAGGGGCGUCAAACCGCUACCACUGGCCUACUCGGCGCAGAGCGGGGCCGGGAUCUGUGGCCAGCUCCGUGACUGCAAGUUCCGUGACUUCGGGAGCAUCGAGCCUUGUUGUUCCCAGGAACGCUCGUGGAAAUCAGCAGCAAGGUAAGAGCUUGGACGAUUAUAUCCACAGCCUCGAUGCCGUCCAAGGCAAGAGGGUUGGGCGCGGGACAAGCCGCGAAAGCCGGAGCCGAGGGCGCGAUAGAAGUCGGUCUCGCAGGGCGGAGGGCGAGGAUUCCAGAGAUCACGGCCGAACCACAUCCCGUGGAUACACCCCCAGGGGCGGGAAGCGGUCUCCGAGAUCGCCGGUUCCCAUGUCGCCAGAGGAUCUGAUCAACCUGGCAACUCCAAAAGACGAGAUUGAUCAGGGCCAGGUGGAUGGAAGCAGACUGAUUGAUAUCUCUGACGAGCAAGAGCAGCCAAGCACGGUGAAGAAGAUCUCGUCUCAUGGGCCCCGCGAUAAUUCCCGUGUGAGGGCGUCCAGCCGCACUACCAGUCGCUCUGGCCGUGGUCAAAGCCGGGAUCGUCGUGCUCACAGCCCCGAACGCAAUGGCGACCAGCCUCUAGUUGGACUCCGCGGGCGCUCGGAGACCCGUAAUGGCUCUGCGGCUCGCUCGCCAUCAUCGCCCGUGCCAAUGUCGGCAGGCCCGCAGAGCCAACACUUCUACGGCUCCGACGAUGAGGAAGACUACCGACAGGCGCUGGAGGCUCGAGAGAUGUUUCGGCGGAGGAACACUCGGAGCAGCAGCCGAGGCGGGCGGGACGACAGCCUCCUAUCACCUGUAUCGGCCCGCGGAAACAAGCCGAUGUGGGGGCGGGAGACAGGAAAGCGAAGCAGCACGCGCGAUGGUUCAGAACGCUCCAAGAAGCCGCUGCCUACUCCGAUCCCGAUGCAGCUCAGAAUCAACAACGCUGGUGACUUGAAGACUAUCAAGGACGAAAGGCAGCUAAAGAAGGAAGCGGCAGCCCGUGAGCUCGAGGAGCGCCGAAAGUCGCUCGCGCAAAGGCCGUCGGCUCCUCCCAUUCUGCAUCCGAACGAGCUUUCUCCGGCCCCGACUCGGACAGACUUCAAUGCUCGUCCGUCGCCGCCAGGGCACUUUGAGCUCCCAAGCACUACCUUUGUUCCCACGUAUCGGGAGAAAGACCUGCCGUCGCGCAGCGUGAGCGUAGACCCAAACGCCGGCAGGAGCAUGUACGCACACCGCAACGGACCGCAGAUUGGGCUUCCCGCGACGCCGAAAGCCAUGCGCCUGGUCCUCGAAAGCGAUUCCAACAGGCAUAACGUGCCGGUGCCGCCGAUUCCCAUGAACUUUGCGCAUAACUCGCCCCCGUUGGCCGCAAACCGCCACUCUCCGGAACGGACUUCUCCCAAGAAAUCGGAACCGGAGGCGGACACCGAGGCACCAACUCUACUGCUCCCAUCGACUGUCUACACUCCUCCCCCGUCCCGACAUGCGGCUCAACUUGCAGCACAGCAGAUUCCACGAUCCAUGUCGGCACCACCCCAAGACUUGCAGCCGCCUCAAGGUAGCAGCUUUGCACAUCUGCGUGGAAUGUCGAUGAACAAGAUCAACCCUCUCGAAGGAAACACAAUGGCGGGUGGUCGGCGGCCUUCCUACGACAGCGGCGCUCCCCCAAUGCCGACCCGGAGGCCAUCUCAUGAUAGCGCCAUGUCUCAGAUGCCUGCCCGGAGGCCAUCGCAUGACGGGCAGAUCCCCCCUCCCCCUCCGCCACCGCCCGCGCCGCCGAUGCUCAAGGAGCUGCAGCACCUCGCGAUGCCUCCGCCGCCACCGCCCGCACCCCUGCCCCACAUGGGAGGAGCCAAACCCGUUGUCUAUGGCGGAAAGUCGGGCACAAUCGAGAUUGUCAUGGAUGAGGACGAUCAGCUGACGAUCCCUACUGCUUUGCCCAUCAGCGAGAGCACCGUCCCCAUAAUUGCGCCUCCGGCACCGCCGUCUUCGCGCAACGGUCAUAACCGAGGACGCAGCAGCAUUGACAACAGCAUCGGCGCCCGCAUCUCACGAGCGACGGACAGGAUGCGCUCGGUCAGCCGGAACCGCCGGGACACAAUCAACCGUACCAAGUCGCCAGAGGUGUCGGCUCCUUACGAGAGCGUGCCGCCCCCGCCGACUCUGACGUACCAGAUGCGGGCGGAAAUGGCAAGGUCUCCGGUUUACCAGCAGAUGACGGCGCAACAGGCACAGCAGGCCCAGGGCGACUACCGCACGGGCUUGCAUCACAGCGAGAUGAUCUAGAAGCCGACAAGCCCGAGUUUUGAACUCUCGGGUUUUACUUCCGCACAAUUUACCAUUCGAUUCUUUGCAUGGCGACUGGCGUUUUAUACUCCCCACCAACCGUCGGAAGGGGGUUUUGUCCCCCCACUCCUCCCAUUCUGGGGUUGUCUAUUACAUUUACUAUUUGGGUGAUCGGGAAUAUCGAGGAGACUUUAGCUGCCAUUUUUGGGGGGAGAGAUAUUCAUUUGGUGGGG